GACUACUCCACGCCGCUUGCCUGCUUAGCGAUGUUCACUACCCGUUCACCAUGGAAGGCCCGACACUUCCCAGUUUCAUUUUCUUCUUGGAGUCGCUCGAGCAAGCGAUCAAUGAGGAUGAAAUUUUCGGAGAUGACUUCUACGAGCGCAUGAUGCCCAAGGCAAUCAUGACCAGGGACGGAAUCGAGGAUCUCAUCCACCAGUGCAUCGAGUUGGACAUUGUCCUUUCCCAGCCCUCUUCACCCGACUCUAGCAGUCCAACAUCAUCUGCUACCGCGAGUCCAGUCAUUGGCCCUUGUGGCGGUCAACCCGGCAUGAAGAUCAAGCGCAGCAAAAUGGCAAAGCGUCAGAUGAAGUUGCAGCGGGAGGAGGAAGCCUGGAUCGCAGAGAUGCUCAGAGCGUGCAACGAGGAGCUGCAGUACGAGAAUGAUGCUGCCGAACGGAUCGACUCGCACCAGAGCAUCGAGGCCGCAAUGAAGACUACACCUGGGAUCGCCGUCAACGAGAUCGUCCCGGAAUGAGGCAUGCACUACCGAGCUGUGCCUGUCCAACAAUGCAUCAGAGCUAAGAGAAUGCCGAUGUAACAAUCCACUUGGCCGGACCAUCAACGAGGCCACUGAGAGCGCGACGAUGCACACAUCGUGCUCAUGG